UUGAGAGUUACCAAAAACAAUAAUUACGUUACAGCAAAUACAUUGAGGCAAAAAAACUGCAAAACAAUUAAAAAAGUGGUCAACUAAACUUAUUUAACAGUCCAAAUUGACAACAAAAACAUACCCCAUCACCCAUAAAAACCCACCUUCUUCAUCAAUCAAUCAUCUAUUCAUCUCCACUCAACCAAUUAACCAAAAACACACUUCCAGAGGAGAGAGAAUAUCACAAAAAAAUGGGGAAAAAAGCAGUGUUGAUUGGAUGUAAUUACCCAGGAACUAAAGCAGAACUCAAAGGUUGCAUCAAUGAUGUUCAUAAAAUGCACGCUUGUUUACUAGAACGUUACGGGUUCGACGAACAAGACAUCACUAUUUUGAUUGAUACAGACCGGUCUUUUACUGAACCGACCGGAAAAAAUAUUCGACGUGCGCUUCAAAAUUUGGUCCGAUCUGCUGAACCGGGUGAUUUUCUUUUUGUUCAUUAUAGUGGUCAUGGUACCAGAUUACCGGCUGAAACUGGUGAACAAGAUGAUACUGGUUAUGAUGAGUGUAUUGUUCCUUGUGAUAUGAAUCUUAUUACAGAUGAAGAUUUCAAGGAAUUGGUGUGCCAAGUCCCUGAUGGUUGCCGAAUUACAAUAGUCUCAGAUUCGUGUCACAGUGGUGGCCUAAUUAGCGGGGCAAAAGAGCAAAUAGGAGAAAGCACACAAUCUAGCGAAGGCCAUAGUGGCUCUGGAUCCUCAGGAUUCAGCUUAUCUGGUUUCUUAAAGCAAAAGGUGAGGGAAUCUGUCUCUGAUGCAAUUGAAUCUCGUGGAAUCCAUCUACCUCAUCAUCGUAGCAGGCACGAUGAGCCUGACUACAGGGUAAUUGACGAAGAUAAUUAUGAAGGACAUAGUGGGUAUGUGAAAAGUAAAUCACUUCCCCUUUCAACUCUCAUUGAGAUGCUCAAGGCAAAGACAGGUAAGGAUGACAUCGAUGUUGGGCAAAUUCGACCUACCCUCUUUGACAUGUUUGGGGAAGACUCUAGCCCAAAGGUUAAGAAGUUCAUGAAAGUCAUCCUAAACAAGCUUCAUGGUGGAGGAGAAGGAGGCAGUGGGGAGAUCCUAGCUGCAGUUGGGGGACUCGCAAUGGAGUUUUUUAAGCAGAAGCUUGGCGAGAAGGAUGAGGAUUAUGCUAAACCUGCUGAAGAUGCUGAAGUUGAGAGGAAGGAGGAUGUUUAUGCAGGUGCAGAUAAACGGAGUUUGCCUAGACAUGGGAUACUUCUUAGUGGAUGUCAGACUGACCAGACUUCAGCUGAUGCUAGCCCUUCUGGGAAUGAAAAUGAAGCUUAUGGCGCUUUCAGCAACGCGAUUCAGACUAUACUGAGGGAGUCCAAUGAAGACACUACCAAUGAAGAGAUUGUGUCGAAGGCGAGGAAGUUGCUCAAGCGUCAAGGUUUUACUCAACGCCCUGGACUUUAUUGCUCUGAUGACUAUGUUCAAGCUUCUUUCGUCUGCUAAAUAUUGAUUGAUCUUGCCUUGGAUGUCUGCUUUAUUGUUAUGGGUUUAUGGCGUAUAUCAAAAUCGUGGUCUUGAUUUGGAUUGGCCUGGUGUUAUUUUUAAAUAUAUACAAUUUCAUUUGUGGAGAGUCAUGUGGUAAUAAUUGAUGUUCAGUUCAUGAAUAUAUAUAUAUUGCCUAAAACCAAUUUUUCUGCUUUUGAAA